UACUACGGUGUCCUCGGCGUCGGGCCCGACGCGGACCGCGCGGCCAUCCGCCGGGCCUACAAGCGCACGUCGCUCAAGACGCACCCGGACAAGGCCGGCGGCCACAAGGCCCUCUUCGUCGAGGUCACGCGCGCCUACGCGGUCCUCUCGGACAAGCAGCUCCGCCGCGACUACGAU